AUGGGUGACUACCAUCAAGUUACUGGCGUUCAGCAAGACGCCUUGGGUAGUGUACAGUUAGAACUAGGAGCAAAUCCAAAUGCUUUAGCUCUUCGCCGGCCUUUUGACCCUCUAGCUCACGAUUUGGAGGCAAGUUUUAGACUCACAAGAUUUGCAGAUUUGAAGGGUAGAGGUUGCAAAGUACCGCAAGAAGUUCUCAAUAAACUGGUAGAAGGUCUCCAACAAGAUUAUCAAAAUGCUGCAGAUCAAGAACAUGCACAUUUCAUUCAUAUGGCAAUUCCAAGAAUCGGCAUUGGACUUGAUUGCUCGGUAACACCUCUUCGGCAUGGAGGUUUAUGUUUGGUGCAAACUACUGAUUUUUUUUACCCAUUGGUGGAUGACCCUUAUAUGAUGGGCAAAAUUGCUUGUGCCAAUGUUUUGAGUGACUUAUACGCAAUGGGAGUUACAGAGUGUGAUAAUAUGCUCAUGCUGCUUGGAGUAAGCACAAAAAUGACGGAAAAAGAAAGGGAUGUGGUUAUUCCACUAAUUAUGAGAGGCUUUAAAGAUGCUGCCUUGGAAGCUGGUACAACAGUUACAGGAGGACAGACAGUUGUUAAUCCUUGGUGUACUAUUGGUGGUGUUGCUUCAACGGUUUGUCAGCCCAAUGAGUAUAUUGUACCAGAUAAUGCUGUUGUUGGCGAUGUUCUCGUCUUGACAAAGCCAUUGGGAACACAGGUUGCAGUUAAUGCUCACCAAUGGUUAGAUCAGCCAGAACGUUGGAAUCGUAUCAAGUUAGUUGUAAGCGAAGAAGAUGUGCGAAAAGCUUAUCACAGAGCAAUGGAUUCAAUGGCAAGGUUAAAUCGUGUGGCAAGUCGUUUAAUGCACAAAUACAAUGCUCAUGGUGCAACAGAUGUAACUGGUUUUGGUUUAUUGGGACAUGCACAGACCCUGGCAUCUCACCAGAAAAACGAAGUGUCUUUCGUUAUUCAUAAUUUGCCUGUAAUUGCAAAAAUGGCUGCUGUAGCAAAAGCUUGUGGGAAUAUGUUCCAAUUAUUGCAAGGACAUUCGGCGGAGACUUCGGGAGGUCUAUUAAUUUGUUUGCCACGAGAACAAGCUGCAGCAUAUUGCAAGGAUAUUGAGAAACAAGAAGGAUACCAAGCCUGGAUUAUCGGAAUCGUGGAGAAAGGGAACCGCACUGCUCGUAUAAUUGAUAAACCACGAGUUAUUGAAGUACCAGCAAAAGAUUAAUUGCCAUAAUUAAGUAUUUUUUUUAUAAAACAAAAGAUUAUACAGUGAUUUUUAGAAUAUAUUUUGAGCAAUUCUGAACUUAAAAACAAUAGAAACUUGCUGUUUCUUCUCAGAAAAAUUACAAGGGCAUUUGCUUUGCUUUCUAAUUAAAAUUUGCUGUUUAAAAUAGCUCUGGUAUUUAGAAAUUACUAGUAUGACUUAUUGAUAAGCUCUUUGACAAACAUACCUAUUUGUAAUUGAGUUUAUAUAUGUUUUUGAUUUAUUAAUUCGUAAUUAUAAUGAAUGACGAUCUUCUGUAGUUUUAGAAAUGUAUUGGUAUUUUUUGUAAAAUAAAUUCUGAAAAUACACACUAUUCCACAA